AAACCCGACCUUUUCGGUUUCGUCAACGUCCACUUUCUUCAUUAUUCAUCUCUGACCCCUCUUUCCCAUUUCAGUUUCACGUAUUCCUAAGAACUCUUUUUCUCUCUCACCGCUUCCUUCGCCAUUACCAGGUCAGCGUUCCCGUUCUGACCCGUCGAGUUCCGGACGAGCUCUUCACAGAUCGACUAUCACCGCCACCAGCAGAAUAUCAGUCAUGAAUCCUGAAUAUGACUAUUUAUUCAAGCUUUUGCUGAUUGGAGACUCUGGAGUUGGCAAAUCAUGUCUUCUUCUGAGAUUUGCUGAUGAUUCGUACCUGGACAGUUACAUUAGCACAAUUGGAGUGGACUUUAAAAUACGCACUGUGGAGCAAGAUGGGAAGACCAUAAAACUUCAAAUCUGGGACACUGCUGGACAAGAGCGUUUCAGGACAAUCACUAGCAGCUAUUACCGUGGAGCACAUGGCAUUAUAAUAGUUUAUGAUGUGACGGAUCAAGAGAGCUUUAACAAUGUCAAGCAAUGGUUGAGUGAAAUUGACCGAUAUGCUAGUGAGAAUGUAAACAAGCUUCUGGUUGGAAAUAAGUCUGACCUCACUGCUAACAAAGUUGUGUCUUCCGAAACAGCUAAGGCGUUUGCGGAUGAAAUUGGCAUUCCAUUUAUGGAGACCAGUGCGAAAAAUGCUACGAAUGUGGAGCAGGCUUUUAUGGCCAUGGCUGCUGACAUCAAGAAUAGGAUGGCAAGUCAGCCGAUGAACAACGCAAGGCCGCCAACAGUGCAGAUACGAGGACAACCUGUGAACCAGAAGUCUGGCUGCUGCUCUUCUUAGUUGGUUCUUUCUGAUACUGAUCCAUUGCAUGUAUGCAUAUAAGACCAGUCUUCUCUUUGAAUCAAGUGGACCAUUCGAACCCCCCUUAAAUUCUGUAUGAUUAUGUGCACGUCAGUUUGCUUUGUUACAUGUUCUGCCAUUCAAUUCUUUCCAGUUUCUAAGUAAGUGGUCUCUGUACAAAUGAUGUGAUGCUCAGCAGCAAUAUCUGUUAAUUUUUUUUUUAGCUGUUCUUGUCUGGAAGCUGCAAGGCAAACACUUCUUUUUCUUUUCUUUUACAGUCAAUAGUUUUUACUGAUUUGGAUUAUUGAUGCUUCA